GGGCUGUGUUGAUGUCCACCGAUAUUCCUUGUUUUAAGUUAAACGGUAGUUAAUUUCUGGUUUUUCUUUCUUUGUUUAAAUGCUGCCGACCUUUAACUGAAUAAUUCUAAUAAAUAAUAAUUUAAUUGUCUUGGUAAUCCAUCCGUCUGUGUCCGGUUCUUUGAUUUAGCAUGCUGUUAUCACCACCAGAUCUGUUGAGGGCUCAGUGAGUUUGAUGCCCUCAGCUCCGCCAUGGAGCACUCUGAUUUGACCACGCGCAGCAACGGGCGGCAGAGGAAGCCGGCAGGUGCCAGCUUCCCACCUGGACACGCGAGGGGCAUGGGCAGGGAGGGGGAAAGCUCCUCUGAGCCAGAUAUGGGAGACGAAGAAGCAGAUAAUCUGAUCAGGAGUUCGGACUCUGAGGACAGGAGGCGACCCAGGACCCGGCCCGGAAUUCACGGAGAGUUGGGGAACGUGUUGCUCCUGUUGUUCCUCUACGUGCUGCAGGGGAUUCCUCUGGGACUGGCUGGCAGCAUCCCUCUGAUCUUGCAGAGUAAGAACGUCAGCUACAAAGACCAAGCUUUCUUCAGCUUCGUCUUCUGGCCGUUUAGUUUGAAGCUUCUGUGGGCGCCGCUGGUUGACGCUCUGUACUUCAGCAGGUUUGGCAGAAGAAAGUCGUGGCUGGUGCCAACACAGUACCUGCUGGGUCUCUUCAUGCUCUAUCUUUCUGGAACAGUCGAUUCACUCCUGCAGAACAGCAGAGGUCCAGAUGUGGGAAUCCUCACCGCUGUCUUCUUCAUGCUUUCCUUCCUGGCAGCCACACAAGAUAUAGCUGUGGACGGCUGGGCCCUCACCAUGUUAUCCAGAGAAAACGUGGGCUACGCGUCUACAUGCAACAGUGUAGGUCAGACCGCUGGCUACUUCCUGGGAAACGUACUCUUUCUGGCUCUGGAAUCGGCUGACUUUUGUAACAAAUACCUCAGAAUAGAACCCAAAGACACAGGAAUUGUCACCUUGCCAGACUUCUUAUUUUUCUGGGGAAUGGUCUUCCUGGUUUCCACCACUCUGGUAGCCAUCUGUAAAAGAGAAAAUGGACACGGCAGAGAGAGGAAUGACCCAGAGGAGACACAGGGUGUCAUGGAGACCUACAAACUGUUGUUCUCCAUCAUCAAAAUGCCUACAGUCUUCACCUUUUGUGUCCUGCUGCUCACAGCUAAAAUGGGCUUCUCUGCAGCAGAUGCAGUUACAGGUCUGAAGCUGGUGGAGGAAGGUGUUCCUAAAGCACAGCUGGCACUGCUGGCAGUACCCAUGGUGCCUCUGCAAAUCCUUCUGCCUGUGGUCAUCAGCAAGUACACAGCAGGGCCGCGACCUCUCGAUGUCUUCUACAAAGCCUUCCCAUUCAGGCUGCUCAUAGGGCUCGAGUACGCUCUGCUGGUGUGGUGGACCCCCAGCGUGAAACAGGAAGGAGGAUUCCCAGUUUAUUACUAUGCCAUCGUGCUGCUCAGCUAUGCAUUACAUCAGGUGGCGCUGUACAGCAUGUAUGUGGCCUGCAUGGCCUUCCACGCCAAAGUGAGCGACCCCCUGAUAGGCGGGACCUACAUGACCCUGCUGAACACGGUCACGAACCUCGGAGGAAACUGGCCCGCCACGCUGGCCCUGUGGAUGGUGGAUACCCUGACCUCUAAGGAAUGCCAGGGGGCCGCCGGUCAGAGCUGCGGCUCCGCAGCUGAGGCAGGGCUGUGCGUGAAGGAAGGCGGCAUCUGCGUCACAACCCUGGACGGUUACUACGUGGAGUCGGUGGUCUGCGUGGUGAUCGGUUUAGUCUGGUGGGUGUGGCUGGGGAAGAAAAUGCAGCGGCUGCAGGAGAAGAGCCCAGCUGCGUGGAGGUGUAGAGUGAACCAGUGAGUCGAGCACCUCGGGGCCGAACAGCGGACUCUGGACAGUGAGCCGGGCCUUCACACUCUGCAGUAAAUGCUGGACGCGCUGUAAAUCCAUCUCAAUCUGUCUGCUUGGUGUUUUUCUUUUUUUUUUUUUCGCUGCUACAACUCGAACAUGUUGAAGUACACACGAAUGAAGAAGCUUUUCUGUCUUCUCUGGAAGGAAACAUGUGUCUCAAACUGUCCUCCUAUUCUGAAACAACUGGUUAGUUUAGGUUAAAAACAUUAUUUUCAGGAGCUUAUUUAUGCAACACAAGUUGUGCUUCUUUUUCCUACUUUGUCUCCAUUUACCUUCCAUUACAGGAGUAAUGAAAACAUACAGAUUAACUCAAACAGACUGAAUGCACGUUUGAUAGGUUUUAUUAAGCUGUACUGUGGGCCUGUGCUAUGAAGCAGGGCUACUCUUUGUUUUAAGUUUAAUUCAUCUGCUGUAGGGAAACCACCUGGAUCUGCAGGUUGUGGGAAGUGAUAAAACAACACGUGUAAAACUACUUACAUCUUCAACAAAAUUAAAAAAAAGACCAGCUUUAAAGAUUUAUUAAAAUUUCUCACAUAAAUAUUAGAAAAUAUUUUUAGUACACUAAGAGCAUGAGUGUAGUCUAUCACAUUUACCAAACUACAUCAAAGACGGACAAUGUUUUUUCAUGUGUGUGUGUUCAACUAUCUUCUUACCAAAAUCUCUCAUGAACAGCUGGAGGAAUUUUAAUAACAUUAUCAGAGUAAUCUUUAGAUGUACCUCUGUAACUGAUUAAUCAAUCCAGUUCAAAAUGGGCCACAUCUAAUUAACAAUUUAGUACAAAAAAUAUAUAUUUAAAAUAACUUUUGUCGCACCUUAAGAGUAAGGCUGACUCUUUCUUGCGUGGCUCAAGAAAAGGCAAAUGUCUCACAAUUAUUUAAAGAGAUAUACGUUUGUAAAACUUAGAUCCACUACUGAUAACAAGCUGAUGACUGAAAACGUUUGUUUACUUUAUCGGUGUUUCACAUUCCUAUUUUACUUUUUUUUUUUUUGUUGUUUAUUUUAAAAGUUKGGUUUAUUACCAGUGUUGUGGGCACCAUUUUGGGGAGAUCUUGACUGAGUCGGGACAGUUAACCAAAUGUUCUGAACUGGUUGAACCUGCUUCGUAGUACAGUCCUCUGAUCCGGUCCAGUUCUUUAGGGUUUCCGCAACGGGAUCACGUUCUUGUGAACGCUCCUUUGUUUUAACUUGUGCCUUGAUUGGUGUUUCAGAAUCCUCAAACAGAGCUGAAGCUGUCGUGUUGAGAUGAAGACGAACUGAUAAGUACUUGUAUUUCCAGUCAUUAAUUUAAACCAACAGGUUUCACCAGACUCCUUUAAAGAAUAUGAUGUGCACUUUGUAAUGAAAACUGUACUUAGAGAAACCGACUACCUUACCUUCAAUAAGGUUUCUGUUUCUGYGACCAGUUAUAGAUUUGUUGAAGGCAUUAUUAGUCAGUUAUAUACAAGAAGGCACUCUCAACUUGCAUAUUUGGYAUGAUUUUAUUUUAGGCAGCGUUCUCUGGUUUACUCAAGCUUUCUUUGCUACCUAUUCAGUGUAACUUACUGUAAUACAUAAAACUGGGAACAUACUGAACGUCUGUGUACUCUGUCUAAAUCUGUAGUGUAAAUCAACUAUUUUGUUUUAGGCUCUGUAGGACAAUAAAGGGUCAGUUCAGUUUUUAUGAAAUGGGGUUCUGUGGGAAGCUAGUCUGGGUUUGUUACAACAAAUCUGAUCUCGACAUGUUUUGUGGCUAAGUUCUUAUCAAACCCAUAUUAUGUCACCAGUUUUACAUUAUUCCAGCAGGAAUAUUCUGUUAUAUUUAAGUGCCCCAAGCUGUGUGGAUAGUGUUACAGCUAACUGCUACUGCUGUUUUGCUUGUAAAUAACUAUCAAUUCUCUAUAUAAAAAAGAAAUGGUGCAAAAUUUUUAAUGUUUUUAAAGUAAUAUUUAGAUGAACGGCUAUAAAAUGAUUUGCCAUUGAAGUUGUUUUAAGGUGGCGUUUUAGUCUUGGCUCCACUUUGACUAGCCAUUAGCUCAUCAGUCCAGUCAGAAUUAAACAUUUAUUUUUUUUUAAUCAACAACAGGAGUGUUUGUCAAACUUUUCCACAGAACCCCACUUCAACUAUUGCUUUAAUACCAAACAUGAAGGAGGAAAAGGAAGCUGCAGCUCUAAAAUUCAUUCUGGAAUGUUUUGUGGUUUUUAUAUAUAUAUAUAUAUAAUAUCUGUUGCCUGUAAUAAAUUGUGGCUUUAUCAGCAAACUUCAGAUUUUAAACCAUAAAUAUAUUGUUUUGAUACAACAAGCAAGAAAUUGUUACAUUAUUAUUAUUAUUAUUCCUUAAAUCAAACUAUGACAACUGUCCAAAUGCACAAUCAUUGUUUGGAAAAAAUUAAUUCUGAUUCUGACUUAUCUAAUAAUUAAAUUUUUUCCCUGCAAA